UCUCCGCGGACGCGCGCCUCGCGCUGUGGGCAGCUGUUGUGUUGUGGAGUGAAGGCGAAGACGCGCUCGUGCUCAUGAAAACACUCGUGUCUGUUUCCCGUGGAAAUAAAUCAGGCAGCAGAUCCGCGAGCUCAUCCACAGACAUGAUCCGUGCUCACCUGUGAUCCAUCAGUCUGAUCUCUCUCCUCUGCCACCAGGUGCUCAGUGAGGAGGAGGUGGUGUUGUGCUGGAGAUCUCACACGCUGGAUAGGAGAUCAUGACGACAGCAGGUGUGGUGAUUGUGAAGGAGGGAUGGCUCCACAAGCGAGGAGAAUACAUAAAGACGUGGCGGCCGCGGUAUUUUCUGCUGAAGAGCGACGGUACAUUUAUCGGCUAUAAGGAGCGGCCGCAGGAUGUCGAUCAGCUGGAAACACCAUUAAAUAAUUUCUCAGUGGCCCAGUGUCAGCUGAUGAAGACAGAACGACCCAAAGCCAAUACAUUCAUCAUACGCUGCCUACAGUGGACCACUGUCAUCGAACGCACCUUCCAUGUAGAGAGGCCUGAGGAACGGGAGGAGUGGACCAAAGCCAUCCAGGCUGUGGCCGAAAGUCUCCAGAAAGAGGAGGAGAUGAUGGACUCGUCUCCUGAUCCCAUGGACAUGGAAAUGUAUUUGACCAAACCUCGACAGAAAGUGACUAUGAAUGAUUUUGAAUACCUCAAGCUCUUGGGAAAAGGCACUUUUGGGAAGGUGAUUCUGGUGAAGGAGAAAGCGACUGGAAGAUAUUACGCCAUGAAGAUCCUUAAAAAAGAAGUGAUUGUAGCCAAAGAUGAAGUGGCUCACACGCUCGCUGAAAACCGCGUCCUCCAAAACUCUAAACACCCGUUUCUGACGGGUCUGAAGUAUUCAUUUCAAACUCAUGACCGCUUGUGUUUUGUCAUGGAGUAUGCCAACGGAGGAGAGCUUUUCUUCCACUUGUCCCGGGAUCGAGUUUUCUCAGAGGAGCGAGCGAGGUUUUAUGGGGCAGAGAUCGUGUCUGCGCUGGAUUACCUGCAUUCAGAGAAAAACGUGGUCUACAGAGAUCUGAAGCUGGAGAAUCUGAUGCUGGAUAAAGAUGGACACAUAAAGAUCACUGACUUCGGCUUGUGUAAAGAGGGAAUCACUGAUGGAGCCACCAUGAAGACUUUCUGUGGAACUCCAGAGUAUCUCGCACCCGAGGUUCUGGAGGAUAAUGAUUAUGGUCGUGCGGUGGACUGGUGGGGUUUGGGUGUGGUCAUGUAUGAGAUGAUGUGUGGACGGCUGCCCUUCUAUAAUCAGGACCAUGAGCGUUUGUUUGAGCUCAUCCUCAUGGAGGACAUUCGCUUUCCUCGCACGCUCGCUCCGGAGGCUAAAUCUCUCUUGUCCGGCCUGCUCAAGAAAGACCCGAAGUAUAGGUUAGGCGGUGGCCCUGAGGACGCUAAAGAGAUCAUGCAGCACAAAUUCUUCACUGGAAUAGUGUGGCAAGAUGUUUAUGAAAGGAAGUUGAUUCCCCCAUUUAAACCGCAGGUGACCUCAGAAACAGACACCAGAUAUUUUGAUGAAGAGUUCACAGGACAGACCAUCACCAUCACACCACCUGGACAAGGUGACAGCAUGGAGGUGUUCGACAGUGAGAGGAGGCCACACUUCCCACAGUUCUCCUACUCUGCCAGUGGAACAUCAUGAAGCGUCACGUCGUCUUCCUCUGGUCCUUCAUCUCUCAUCAGUCACUUUAUGUAGAUGUUGCAUCUAUUUUACUGAUGCUAAAUUCAUGUUAAACCAUCAGCAAAGGAACAGCAGAACUGUUCUGAGGUCAGUGGAAGGGAGAAUAUUUACCAGUCCGCACAAUCGGUUCGUCUUUCAUACAUGUUUGUCUCCUCUGUGGCCUUUUGUCUUAUUCAUGUUCUUCUGAGGAUUUGCGAGGGAACACUAAAUACAUUUCCACUUCAACUGCCAAAUGAAUUGGUGUUAAAAUACAGAAUUAAAAUAUAUUGUGUAGCACUAUCAUACAUCUCUAAAUAUUUAGAUGUAAAAAAUAAUGUAAAUUUGACCAUUUAAGAAACAUUACAGACCUCUCAACAGCUUUGUGUAAAAAAAUAUAUUUUUAAUUCUCUGAUUUUAUGACAUCAAAAAAGGACUGAAUCUUUAUUCCCAAAGUACCUUUAUUGUGAAAUGUCUCUUUUUAAUCAAUUGCAUUGAAAGUGCAAUACUGUAUGAAAGGAAAUGUAGAUAAAUAUUUUUUAUUAUUCAAAUGAAUGAUGUCUAAACUCCUACAAAUUAACUUUUUAAAUUUUCAGCAAACAUUAAAGUAGUGUUUGUUUCUAAUGAAACUGAAAGCAUUUCCAGGUCCAAGAAAUCACAUUUUAUUUUGUCUAAAGAGCAACAAGCUAACUUUAUUUUAAUAAAAUAUAUUGUAUUAUAUCAUUUUAAUGACAGUUAAGAACACCCCCUACAUACUCACUGUCAUUAUUAUUAUUAUUAUGUUCAAUUGUAAUUUUCUAAUCAUAAUGAUCUUAUAAUUUAUUAUACCACGUGUCUGUUGAAUGCUUUAUUCUGAUUGGCUGAGAAAUGUUCCAUGGGUGUUGAUUAUUUUUCUGUAAAUCGCACACCUAACCUUUUAAAUGUCUUAAAAAUAGGCACCAGAGCAAAGUUUGUGUUAUAAGAGGAAUAAUUGACUCCAGUCCUUUGAAUUAUUUGAACAUAACACACACCCGCGGUGUAACUCCGCUUUGUGCCACAUUACCAUCUUGGGUGUGCAUUAUUUUCUUAUAAUUCAACGUCUCGCCGUCAAUUAUUGUAUCCUGCAGCUCAACGAGUAAAGCAUGGUGCUAGAAACACUGAGAUUAUGUACCUUGAAUGAAGUGUAAGUCACUUUGUAAAGGCAUCUGCUUUAUAUUUGUUAUCAAAAUAUUCAGACAAACAGAAGAGUCUUGUAUUGAAUUAUUCAUUUCUGAUAUUCCUCUUUUUUUUAAAGCGCCUGCCAGUUAAUUUUUAUCUCAUCAUUUCAUUUCUCCAUCUCAAAGAUCCUCUUGCUGUUUUCUUCUCCGUUUUUUUUUUUGUGUGUGUUGUAUAUGUCAGUGAACAGUUUCAUGGGACCACAGAGGUGAAGUAAAUCUUACAUCUAUUUGAAAUUACUUUUUUAUUUGUUUAUUAUUUAUAUUUUAACCAUGAUGAGAUUGGAGUGGUUUAACUGUGCAGGGUAAAUUUUUUUGUUUCGUUUUACUCAAACCACAUAAAGCAUUUAUACAUGUCAGCUUUAUGAUACACAUGACGUUUUUUGAAGGUUAUUUAAAAGCAUUUCUGAACAUUGACUGAAUCUGUGUAAAUCUGAUCUUUAUACAGAUAUGAGAGUUUGGUGCAGUGUAAUAAUUGGUUUUAUUUGGAUUAUUAUUGUGAAAUGCCACACAAAUGUUGGUCAGCGUACAUGAAUGAAUGUAAAGUCUUAUCUCAUUCAUUUCUACUUUUUUAUUUUAUAUGCAAGACAUGUUGUUUUCCAAUGAUUUUUAAUUUCAAUGAUGCUCUUUCAUACCUGCUAUCUUUUUUAAUGGGAAAAUAUUUAAAUUUUUUAUCCUUCGACUUUUUCUAACAAUGAACUAAAGAACGAUGCAGCUUUAGGAUACAACUUAUAUAACAUUUUAUACACUGUUAAACUGUUUUUAUGGGUUAGACAUUUUCAUUGAAUUGAUCAAAUAAAGUUUUGGCUUAAAAAAAUAAAA